UUGCUGAUGCAACAACGGCUGAUGUUUCAACAACAGUUGCUGACACAACUACAGUGGCUGACGCAACUACAGCUGAUGCUACAACAACAGUUGCUGAUGCAACAACGGCUGAUGUAACAACAACAGUUGCUGACACAACUACAGUGGCUGACGCCACUACGGCAGAUACUACAGCAUCUGAUGCUACAACUACAGUGGCUGACACAACUACAGCUGACGCUACAACAACAGUUGCUGAUGCAACAACGGCUGAUGUUAUAACAACAGUUGCUGACGCAACUACAGUUGCUGACACAACUACAGCUGAUGCUACAACAACAGUUGCUGAUGCAACAACGGCCGAUGUUACAACAACAGUUGCUGACACAACUACAGUGGCUGACGCAACUACGGCAGAUACUACAGCAGCUGAUGCUACAAGUACAGUGGCUGACACAACUACAGCUGAUGCUACAGCAACAACGGCUGGUGUUACAACAACAGUAGCUGACACAACUACAGUGGCUGACGCAACUACGGCUGAUACUACAGCAGCUGAUGCUACAAGUACAGUGGCUGACACAACUACAGCUGAUGCUACAACAACAGUAGCUGACACAACUACAGUUGCUGACGGAACUACAGCUGAUGCUACAACAACAGUUGCUGAUGCAACAACGGGUGAUGUUACAACAACAGUGGCUGACGCAACUACGGCAGAUACUACAGCAGCUGAUGCUACAAGUACAGUGGCUGACACAACUACAGCUGAUGCUACAACAACAGUUGCUGGUGCAACAACGGCUGAUGUUACAACAACAGUAGCUGACACAACUACAGUGGCUGACGCAACUACGGCAGAUACUACAGCAUCUGAUGCUACAACUACAGUGGCUGACACAACUACAGCUGACACUACAACAACAGUUGCUGAUGCAACAACGGCUGAUGUUACAACAACAGUUGCUGACGCAACUACAGUUGCUGACACAACUACAGCUGAUGCUUUAACAACAGUUGCUGAUGCAACAACAGCUGAUGUUACAUCAACAGUUGCUGACACAACUACAGUGGCUGACGCAACUACGGCAGAUACUACAGCAGCUGAUGCUACAAGUACAGUGGCUGACACAACUACAGCUGAUGCUACAACAACAGUUGCUGGUGCAACAACGGCUGAUGUUACAACAACAGUAGCUGACACAACUACAGUGGCUGACGCAACUACGGCAGAUACUACAGCAGCUGAUGCUACAAGUACAGUGGCUGACACAACUACAGCUGAUGCUACAACAACAGUUGCUCAUGCAACAACGGCUGAUGUUACAACAACAGUAGCUGUCACAACUUCAGUGGCUGACGCAACUACGGCAGAUACUACAGCAGCUGAUGCUACAACUACAGUGGCUGACAUAACUACAGCUGAUGCUACAACAACAGUUGCUGAUGCAACGACGACUGAUGUUACAACAACAGUUGCUGACACAACUACAUUGGCUGACGCAACUACGGCAGAUACUACAGCAACUGAUGCUACAACUACAGUGGCUGACGCAACUACGGCAGAUACUACAGCAGCUGAUGCUACAACAACAGUUGCUGAUGCAACAACGGCUGAUGUUUCAACAACAGUUGCUGACACAACUACAGUAGCUGACACAACUACAGCUGAUGCUACAACAACAGUUGCUGAUGCAACAACGGCUGAUGUUACAACAACAGUUGCUGACACAACUACAGUGGCUGACACAACUACGGCAGAUACUACAGUUGCUGAUGCAACAACGGCUGAUGUUACAACAACAGUAGCUGACACAACUACAGUGGCUGACACAACUACGGCAGAUACUACAGCAACUGAUGCUACAACUACAGUGGCUGACACAACUACAGCUGAUGCUACAACAACAGUUGCUGAUGCAACAACGGCUGAUGUUACAACAACAGUAGCUGACACAACUACAGUGGCUGACACAACUACAGCUGAUGCUACAACAACAGUUGCUGAUGCAACAACGGCUG